CCAGAAUUAAAAAAAAAAAACUAAAAACAGAAAGAAACAGAGAAAGAGAACGAGAGGGGGAAAAGGAACGAAAUCCGUACAAUGAAAAUUUCUAGCCCCGUUCUCUUUUUGAAGAGAUGUCAGAGGUCAUGCAGGUGUUCAUCUUGUGCAGGACUUAACUGAAAGUCUUCUCUCUCUCUCUCUCUCUCUCUUUGAGAAAUUUAAUUGGCUUUUGGGGAUUUCAAAUGGUUAAAAAAAAGCGCAUGAUGUGGAUCGAGUUGAGGUUAGAAAUGGUCUUUGUUAGAAUUUUCGCCCAUGGCUUUGGUUCAUAUCCGUAUUCUUGAUUUCAUGACUGAGCUCAACUAAGCUUGAGGGGAGAGAUGGAGGAGGAGAGCAGCUCUUGGGUGAGGAGGGCCAAGUUUUCACAUACAGUUUGUCAUCGAUUAGAUUCUUCGAGAUUGCCCGUUAUUCCUCUCUCUGUUAAGUCUGAUCAAAGCCUAAAGCUAGAGCCCGAGAAUUCUGCAUUAGGUUCGUCGAAAUUGGCAUCCAUCUCAUUACCAGAUGAUUGUGCUGAGAAACAAAACAGGAACUCAUGUACUCGAUCUUCUAGUGUUCCGUCCAAAUUCAGUAAUGAUCGAGUAUCAAUUCCAAGAUCUUCAUCUUCAUACCCUUCAGUAUGUUCUUAUCCUAAUAGUUCAGUUUCUAGUACUUCAGUAGGAGAUCAACUACACCGAGAUUCUCGAAGAUCUAAACCAAAAUCUAAACCUAAGCAGAGAUCAGCAUCCCCACUUCCUACUACAGCUAUUUCCGAUACCUUCAAAGAAGCUAAGGCUACCAAGAAAAGAUUCUCAACUCCUCCUCCAAUAAGACGAGGAUCAGAAAAGAAGGUUUUUGGCAGAUUAUUUUCUAAAGAACCCACGGAUCAUUGCAUUUUACCUUCACCAACCGAUCGCUGCAAAUUACCUUCACAAUCACCAUCUCCAUCUCCUCUAACAAGCCCUCUUCAGCAUUUCUCUUCGAUGAAAAUAUCCGAACUUAAGGUUAAAAGUCGAAAAGAGAACUCAUGGACGAGGUAUUUUGAUCAUGGAGUUGGGAGAGUUAAUGCCGUGGAGGCUACGGAGGAGAUGAUGGUUGAUCUUUCGAAGUUGUAUCUUGGGCUUAGAUUUGCUUCGGGAGCUCAUAGUCGAUUGUAUCAUGGAAUUUAUAAAGAUCAACCUGUUGCUGUGAAGAUUAUUAGGCAACCUGACGAUGACGAAAAUGGAAUAAUGGCAGCUCGACUGGAGAAGCAGUUCAAUAGAGAAGUCACCCUUCUAUCUCAUUUGUACCACCGUAACGUGAUUAAGCUGGCAGCAGCAUGUAGGAAUCCGCCAGUAUUUUGCAUCAUCACUGAAUAUCUAUCUGGAGGUUCCCUAAGAGCAUUCUUGCACAAACUCGAGCACAAAACCCUUUCUCUCGAUAAACUUAUUUCAAUUGCCCUUGACAUCAGUCGAGGAAUGGAAUAUAUUCACUCACAAGGGGUUAUUCACCGUGACUUGAAACCUGAAAAUAUACUAUUCGAUGAGGAAUUUUGUGUGAAGAUUGCUGAUUUUGGGAUAGCUUGUGAGGAGGCAUAUCGUGAUGCAUUAGCAGAGGAUACUGGAACUUUUCGUUGGAUGGCUCCUGAAAUGAUUAAGCAUAAACAUUAUGGACGAAAAGUUGAUGUCUAUAGUUUUGGAUUGCUCUUAUGGGAGAUGGUGACAGGAAGAAUACCUUAUGAGGAUAUGUCCCCGAUUCAAGCAGCAUUUGCAGUGGUUGACAAGAACUUGAGGCCAGUUAUUCCUGCGGAUUGCCCUCAUGCGUUGGGAGCCCUAAUAGAGCAAUGUUGGGCACUUCAUCCAGAAAAGAGACCCGAGUUUUGGCAAGUUGUGAAGGUAUUAGAACAAUUUGAAAUAGUUCUUGUUCGAGAUGGCACUCUCAACUCGGUUCAAACCAUAACAUGCCAAGAACACAAGAAGCGGCUUUUCAAUUGGAUUGAGAAGCUUAAGCCUUCACAUUUCGAUGAUUCGGUCACUCCAAUGCCCAAAUUGUUGUGAACAUUUUCAUCUCAACUUAGUUUUGGUAGCUUACGAUGUGAGUAUCUUAUUGAAUUUAAGAACCUCACCCAGAAUUAUCGAUUCUUUCUCCUUGCUUUUAUACUUUACGAGGUAGAAGCAUGAUGAAUUUUUUUUAAUAUUGUAUCAAAGCAAUAAUUCUUAGAUGAUUGUGUAUUAUUGAUUUGCAUAA